CUUCCAGGAUCCGGCGCCGAUCCCUUUCAGGAUCCGAACACGUCCAGGAUCCUAUUAUUCCUUUGACCAGCCGCCGCCGAAGGCGUCCAGGAUCCGGCCCCAUAGACACUCACGUAAUACAGGUGCGUAUGGGGAAUUCAAAAAGCAAGGCAGGUGAACAUCAACCAGAAGAGGACGUAACAACGGGCCUUACGAGCAGGAGAAAUGUUGAAGAAUACAAUGCAAGCAUCAUACCCGUAGCUGAAAAUGUUGACGAUAGUUACACGACGGUUCCAGAUGGAUCAAGAUUGCUUCGAGUUGGAGACCAUCAUGAUGCUUCGUUGUUGGCUCCGAGUAAUCUAACACUGCAUUAUGGCACAUAUGUAGCACAAGAUUCAUAUGGUUGUGAACCUUUAAACGAUGAGAUGUGGUCGUCUUAUCAUAAUAAGACGGAUGGUACGACGAAGCUACAAGAUGAUACUGAAGGUAUUCGCAGGCAUGCUUAUCCACCAUCCAAACCGACGUAUUCGGUAGCUUUCACAUGUGAUCCCAGGAGCUGUCUCAAAUGACCCCAAUCAAACCAUGGGUAAACUGGUGGGACAAUGUAGCGAUAUCGGGUCAGGACAGAAGCUGGGGCAGAUAAACAAACCCACAGUAGAUGAUCAUCAGAGGAAAAUUGAUCUGCGUCCCCUUAGUAUAUCAACUACGGUCACAUCUGGUGUCAUUCGUGCGAAAGACAUACAAGAAAAUACGCAAAGAACAUAAGAAGAUCGCAAAAGAGACCAUAGAAACGCCCUAAGGAGAGCUGCUUAUCGGCGGAAAAAAGAUCGGAAUCUGCAAGAUGAAAAUCUGCGGGCCCUUAAUUUAUCAGGUAAGCUUUAAAUGUUUUAACCAUUAUAGUCAGUACCUUCAAUUCAUGUCUUAACCAUUAAGUUUUCAACAUGUUUUGUAAACUCUGUUUAACCAGACAACCCAACUAGCUCCAACUAUACAUCAUUCUUGCAUAAUGAUUCAACAUUUCCUGCUACAACUACGGUCACAUCUGGUCUCAUUAAUGACCAUGAUCUACAAGGUAAUCAAAUUGUGCGUACUCCAUCAUCAAUUGAUGUCAGAUUAUGUUUUAUUCUCUACAUUUUUUUGAAUGUCCUGAAUGACACCAGAUGUUGACUUGAAUGACACCCAAGAAACAAAGCAAAACGACGAACAACACAAGAGAGAUCAUAGAAACGCCCUGAGGAGAGCUGCUUAUCGGAGAAAAAAGGAUCGGCUUAAAGAAGAUGAAAAUCUUCGUCCACUUUCGACAUCAAUUCAACAUAUUACCUUUAGUUUCACCUUGACGUACAUAGAUUUUUUUCUCAUAGCAAAUUAUUCUUUUAGCGACCAUCAUGCUCGAAGCAUAGAGUUUAAUGCUUCAUCCUAAUGCACAUGGUUUGUAUUUAUGUAGCAAAAGAAAGUUAUAAUAUUCUUUAGUCACUACCUCCAUACAUAUUAAAAUCAAGAUUGUUCUAACUAUGUUUUCAAAACGUUGUUUAACCAGCCAACCCUAAUAGCUCCAGCUAUACAUAAUUCUUGCAUGAUGAUGCAACAUUUCCCCCGUCAACAUUAGACGCGUCUGGUGUCACCCAUGACAAUGACCUAGCUAGGUGGCAACAUGAUGAUGAACGGAAUCGUAAUUUAAGAAAUGAGCAAAGGGAGCAGAGAAACUCACGUAGCCGAGCAUGUUAUCAGAAGAAAAAGGAUUAACUAACGGUUGAUGUCAGAGAAAAACUGAAUGCAAAGCUACGAGAGAAGCACAUGCAACGCCGCAAAAGCAUGUGGGUGAUUGAGAAGGGGGAGUCAAGUGCUCAGAGGAAGGCCAAUUAUGCUAGAAGGAAAAACACCCCGUGCAAUGAAUCCUCGCCAUCCCACGCCAGACCUAGCAAAGUCAACCUCUGAAUGUCCCGCAUCCACCUGCCGCGCGUCACCCGACUCUCGGGCCACCGAAGAUGAUUCAUCGGAUGGCGACCCUCCGACGAUCAUGCCGAAUUACACUGUCAAUGCCGAUGACGACAUCGAUGGAUUCCUAAGCUGCAUCACAGGCGAUGAGCCGACACCACCCGACUUGAUGGAUGAGGAGUAUUACAUGUUUCGCGACCAAGGAUCUGAUUAUGACAGCAUGGAGGAUGACGAGGAAGCGAGAAUGUCUAGCGCUAAACCUAUCGAGAUUGAUCCAUUUGACUUUGUCUACACAAACAUCCCAGACAGCACUCACAUCCUGAAGCACGCCGCAAACUGCGACCACUGCAAGGCCAGAAAGUUUGAGUCUGAGACUGACGGGUUCUGCUGUCGCAAUGGCCAAAUCGAGCUCAAGAAACUGGAACCAAUCCCAGAGCUGAUGAAGCUAUGGUCCAGCAUGGAUGCAGAUUCUAGACAUUUUCGGGAGAACAUACGGUUCUUCAACGGGCAUUUCGCCUUCACAACCCUUGGUGUCAGCCUUGAUGAAAACUACACAAACAUGAAGUCUGGGGUGUACACAUUCCGGGCACACGACACCAUCUACCACAAUGUGCAUUCGUUCGGGCCUAGGUCCCGCCCAGAACAUCUGCAGUUGUACUUCUACGAUGAUGACCCAAUCCUAACUCAUCGUAAGGCUGCCACCAAGCAAUUAGACCAGGAUGUCGUUAAGAAGUUAGUGGACAUACUCAAAGAAAACCCAUACUACCGGCAAUUUAGGAGUUUGGGUGCACACAAGGACAACCUCAAUGAUUAUAGGAUAGACCUAAAGACCGAUCAGAGGCUUGACCAAAGAAGAUAUAAUAGACCGGUGUCAUCUGAGGUCGCUGCAAUUUGAGUUGAGGGCAAUGACCUAGAAAAGGGGUUCGAAGGAACUCCUGGGAUUGGGUUGCUGCCUUCCACUGCCCUCUUUGCUCAUAGAAGAUAUGUGGCAUGUUACAAUGAAAAAGUUAGACUGAUCAUUCAAAAUACAAAGUUGGAUUUAUGUUGACUACUGAAUACUUUCAGAAUGAUUUAUGUUGACAAGCAUCACAGACUAACCCACGAUAGUAGCCAGCAACUACUCUUUCAGAGUCCUAUUUUCAGGUGACAGGUGGCCUUAAUGUUUAUUUGAAUUAAACAUGUGGCCAAAUGGCCUUAAUGUUCAUUUAAUCAUGUUUACUCAUAUUUACUCACCUACUGCAAAACAUCUUAUCAUGUUUAUACUCAAUCUAUAUUGUAACUGGACGAUUUAUACUCCCUGUUCAGUUAUAAAUCAAAUACAGUACUCUGUGUUCCCGAGUAGCCUCAUUGCAGCUCAAUGGGAUUACACUGAAAAUAUCACAAAUAUAUUAACUUUGAUCUCUGUUACUAAUUAGGAAGAAGGUCAUUUCUACUGAUACUACAAUGACAAUGUCACUACACUAGAAAACAACUGAACCUUUAAUCUCAGUGCAGUAGUGAAACACUGAACCUUUAGGCAUGUUUGCAUGCUUUCAGUACUGUAACAAUUAAGGCCCAAUCGUUUGACAUAUAUUUUCUGGUUUGGUGCUGAAAAUUGGUAGUGUAUUGUGAAAUAACAGUACUCAUAGAUUACUCCGUUGUUAUUUAUCUAGAGAUGGUAGUAGGGAUGAAUUACAGCAGAAUUGAGCAUAUGGUGAUAUGGGUACACACAGAAAUCAAGCUGAUUGCUUUUUAAACAUAUAGAUUAUACUCCUUUCUAUACUUUUUAAAAUUACUCCUUGCUAUGCAUUCAGGCUCAUAAUUCAGAGGGUCUAGAAUUUAGUUGCAGAUCAAUCAGAUAGAUCUAUAGUUGCCACUGCAAGGGAUUACAACAUCCUGAACUCAAAUUCUUGAUUGGGUUAACUUUUAUUCACUCCUGUAGGAAGGCCAAAUAAGUUAAACAAAGAGCUGUUUCCAACCACAUUUCUGACACUCCCAUGUGAAGUCUGCUCUGAACCUUUUUUAAUUGUUGGUAUAUAUAGCAUAUGUAGUAGUUCUAGGAGUAAUAAUUAAAUUAUGUUGUUCACUGGUCCUUUAACCAUAUGCAUGAUUCUAUAAAAUUCAGUCACUCCUAUCAUUUAAAAAUAAAGGAGUAGCAUUAGGACAUUCAAGAAUCAGGAAAGCAAACAACUUCACUUUCUACUUUUUCAAGAGUGGUGUUUUUCCAUCAAGAGUGUAACCACUACGUUCCAUGGAAUGAGACUGUCCCAUGGAAUGAAGGCCUAUUCAGGAAGAAUGUCCAGUAUAUUAAAAUAACACGUAUCUCAGCUUUCCUAUUGAGUAUUAAUAGGAUACUGGAUUACUGAUCCAUUUAGCACAAAGCUUGAUAUAAUUUGCAUAAGAAAAAUAAAUUUAAGACAUGUUGCUAAGGAGCAAAGGUA